AGCUUCAUUCACCCACAGUCACAUACCCAUCUUUGACCAUGAGUUGCCCUGAGUCUCAAAAAACGGGGACGAGUGGGAAGAAUGCUAGUUCUCCUCAUAAACAAGUUGUCUUCAAAAAAAGCACCCGUGACAAAGCUCUGACUAUCUACCUGGGAAAGCGGGACUUCAUUGACAACAUAGGGAAUGUGGAACCUGUAGAUGGUGUUGUAUUGGUGGAUCCUGCAAUUAUCAAGGGGAAAAAAGUGUAUGUGUCCCUGACCUGUGCUUUUCGGUAUGGCCAGGAAGACAUUGAUGUGAUUGGCCUCACCUUCCGACGGGACCUGUUCUUCUCUAGGGUCCAAGUGUACCCACCUGCUGACAAGCUAGAGUCUCUCUCCCACUUGCAGGAAUCUCUGCUAAAGAAGCUGGGGAAAAAUGCUUAUCCCUUUUUCUUUACAUUUCCAGAUUACCUGCCUUGUUCAGUCUGUCUGCAGCCUGCACCUCGUGAUGUUGAUAAGAGCUGUGGGGUGGACUUUGAGGUGAAAGCUUUCUCAACAGACAAUGUGGAAGAGAGAAUUCAUAAGAGGAACUCUGCACGUCUGCUGAUCCGUAAGGUGCAAUAUGCUCCAGAAAAGCCAGGACCCCAACCUUGUGCGGAGACCACCUGGCAGUUCUUCAUGUCCAACAAGCCGUUACACUUGAAAGCUUGCCUCAGUAAAGAGGUGUACUACCAUGGUGAGCCCAUUCCAGUCACUAUCAUUGUCAACAACAGCACGGAGAAAACAGUGAAGAAGAUCAAAGUCCAAGUGGAACAGGUUGCCAAUGUGGUUUUGUACUCCAGUGACUACUAUACAAAAGUGGUAGCUGCUGAGGAAGCACAGGAAAAGGUGCAGCCAAACAGCAGCCUAACCAAGACACUGACACUUUUGCCCUUGCUAGCAAAUAACCGGCAGACACGGGAAAUAGCUCUGGAUGGAAAGCUAAAGGAUGAGGACACCAACUUGGCUUCUAGUACUAUUAUUAAGGAUGGAAUAGACAAGACAGUGAUGGGGAUUCUGGUUUCCUACAAGGUCAAAGUGAAGCUUACUGUUCCAGGCAUGCUGGGAGACCUCACCUCCAGUGAAGUGGGCACAGAGCUGCCGUUUCGUCUCAUGCACCCCAAACCUGAGGAAAAGAACACAGCAGGGAAGAAUGGUGAAGCAGAGCUGGUAUUCGAGGAGUUUGCUCGUCAACAGCUGAAAGAUAUGCUUGAUGAUGAAGACAAGAAUAUGCCUUCAACUGAUGAGUGACUAGAAGAACAAGCUGCCAGAGAAGCUACGUAGUCUGGCAUCAAUUAGAAAUCUAGGGCCUAGGUUUCUAGUAAACUGCAUGUUCUCAGUGCAUGCAUGGUCUUUCAGGGAUCAACCCUGAGAUCAGUGGACACAAAAUCAUGGAUCUCUAUGGCUUAUUAAAAGUUUUGGCUCUAGAAGAACGUAGCAAACUCAAAACCUGAUGCUUACUUGAGCUAUUGGAGGAGGACAGGAAGGCUGCCAUGCCAUGACUUCUGCUUUCAGGACUACCUAAUAAAAAGAUUGGUUGCUAUCACCACUGAUCAGAGCUUAAAUGAUGGUUUGUGCAGCCUGCCUAGACUUACUCGAUGUCAAAGAGCCUCUGACUUUGAAAUGCUAGUGAACCAAGUCCUAGUCUGAAAGGCUGGCUUGCAGCCUUUGAUGAUCCACUGAAGUUUCUCAGCAGACUGUACAAAACUGAUUUUAUUUCCUUUUGGUUGCUUUUGUGUAUAUGCUUUACCAAACUCAUCUAGUGAAUGUUCUCAGUGCUUGCACUGUCCCCAUGUGGCUUACAUCCAC